AUGUGGCCGUUUACUAAAUCAUCAAAUAGCGAUGAUAGGCUCAAUGAUUUGUCAAAAGAUUUACCAAGUGAUUUACAAAAGGUUUUAGAACAAGAGACACUUCAAGAUUCCAACAAAUUUGAGCUAGAUAAAUAUUCUCGAAUAGUUAAUGAUAUACUCAAUCAGCUCCCACCACAAUUUACUACUGAACAAGAAUUGCUAGAUUUUGAAAAUUAUAAAAUUCAAAACAAUUAUAAAAUAGUGGCACAAAUAAAUUGUGCUGAAAUUGAAAAUUAUUUGAUUCAAUUGAAUAAUAAUCAUUCGAUAUCACAAUUUUGGUCCAAUUUAUUUAAUUCAACUAAUUCUAAUAGUAAUAGUGAUUCUUCUGAAGAUAAUGUUACUACAAACCCAAAUCAAGCGUUGAAAAAUUAUAAAUCGUGUAAAAACUUGACCAUUGAUGGGUUGAAAUUAUUGAAUUAUUCCAAAUGUUAUAAUAUAAAGCAAUGUCAAUUUAUAAGGUAUCAUUUAGAUCAACUAUAUAUUAAAAAUUUUGGUUCAUUAGGUCAAAACGUCAAUGAUAAAAAUGUUGAAUCCUAUUAUAAAGAUUUAGAUCAAUUAUUCUAUAAAGUUUGGAAAUAA